AAGAAAUCGCUUACCGCGUGCGCUACGGCGCGGUGUUUUACCUCCACAAACUGGACAGCAUAACCUUUCGAUUAAUUUCCGUAAAGAAAAUGGACACAUUUAACAAACUUCUGUUAGAAUAUCCUGAACUAAUGUACAGUGGAGUCGGAGCUACUGCGGUUAUCGCAGGCGGAGCGCUGAUGUACAAGAUCGCUAACAGAAAGAAGCCCACUCAUGCAAAUGUUAACUGCUGGUUCUGUGAUCAGAACACAGUGGUGCCUUAUGGAAACAGAAAUUGCUGGGACUGUCCUAACUGUGACCAGUACAAUGGUUUCCAAGAGAACGGAGAUUACAACAAACCCAUCCCAGCUCAGUACAUGGAGCAUCUGAAUCACGGCGUAUCUGGAGGUCUUCCAUCCGCUGAGACACCCAAGUCACUGCAGUGGGUCAACUGUCAGAUGCUGCUGUGCAGGAAGUGCAAUAACAACCAAUCAUUAAAAAUCAAACAGCUGGCUUCAUACAUCCCCAGGGAUGAUGGCAACUAUGAUGAGGAGAUCGAAGCCUACAAGCAUCACCUAGAGCAGACUUAUAAGUUAUGCAGACCAUGUCAGACAGCAGUGGAAUAUUAUAUUAAAUACCAAAACCGCCAGCUUCGCACGGUGCUCCUAAAUCACCAGCUUCGACGCACUCGAGAGUCUGACACGGAGUUUGUAAAGAGCACCCAUUCUCUGUCCUCGCCAACAGGGGUCAUACUGUUACGGAUCCUCGUUUUCUUCACAAGUGCUUUCCUGCUUGCUGUGUCUCUCUACGAAUUGCCGGAACAAUCGGUCUCACCAAGUGGGUCACAAACAUUAAGUGGUGGUGUCGCUCCUCCCAAGCCUCAAUUAAAGAAUGAAUCCACCUCUAACAACAGCAGUGCAGCUAUGUUCGUAUGGCAGAGUCUGCUGGAGUUUUUCCCCGACAAGGCCGUAGAGAAUACCAGGAUAAUGUGGCAGCAUGGAAGGGACAACCAGCUGGGGGUAGUCUCUGCUGGCCUGUUGACUUGUCUCACAGCUAUCUUCUUAGCAGGACCUGUGAGGCUGAGGAGAAUUGAUGCUGUGGCCUCAGUUCUGUGGUUCUCCAUCUUGUGCCUCCACCUGGCUGAGAGCUAUCUGACGAAUACCUCGAACUGGAUGGACACAGCCAAGCUUGUUACCGUCUCCCUUUGUUGCCUAGUCAGCUUUGCUGCUGCUGCUGCAACUCGCAAACCACUGGGUCCGCGACGAGCCCGAUACCGAAGAUAUCUUGCAGGCGGCCCUGCGGCCCCACCUUUCAGCAGCCACCCUCCUUUUUUCACCCCCGACAUGGCAGACUCCUUCGUCCCCUCCCCACCCCCCAACUUCUCCAAGCUCAUCAACCGCCAUCACGGUCCUCGCGAGCGCAGGCCGUCUCCUUCCACUCUGCCUGGACGCCUCAACAGAGCCCUUUGCCUCGGAACCGUCCCGUCCUUCACCAGGGCAGAUUCUGGUUACCUGUUCAGUGGCAGCCGACCGGCCUCUCUGUACAAAGACUCGACAACCUCAGACUACUUUUCUUUGAAGUCUGGAAGCUGCCCAUCAUCGCCGGGCCCCUCUCCGACACCUUCAGUGGCCGGGUCCGUUACAUCCAGCUCAGGUUCUGCCAGACAGCGCCGUCCCCUCAUCAGUCCGGCUCGCCUCAACAUCAGCGGACAGAAACUCCGUCUUUUCUCCAACGAACCCGAACCGAAGCUCGUGUCUCCACCGUUGUCUCCUUUUCCUUUCUACGUGGAGCCGGCCUCGUCCAUUUACAGCGGCUGCUUCUCUCGUGACAUUUCUUCUUUUCAAAGUCAAAAUGAUUUGAGUUCCUUAAUGAAAGGCAGCAGCGUGACUGAGGAGGAGGAGAAACGGAGCAGCUCCUCGGAGUCCUCUGCAUGCCAGGUUGGCACGACGACACAAAGUCCUGAGAGCUUCUCUCCUUCUAAAGGUUUUGUGAAGCGUCUCGUCUGGCCAGGUCUUUUGUUGGUGAGCCUGACGUCCAACCUGCUGUUCGUCGGCUUCUACGCGUACCACAGCUGGAGAUGAAGCAUCGCUCAGGCAGCCGCCGCGCUCAUGAACUGUAGAGACGCCUGCGCACGUCUGUCACUCAGCGGCGUCAGAAAACCUCUGCCUCCUGCUCGGUGUGGUUCACGGGCGCUUGAGAAAGAUUCAGAGAUGUUUCCUCGACAGACCUCUGGUUUUAUUUGAGUU